UGAACAACAUGAUGAGAUUCGAACCCACUCAAGUCACAUCCUCCCACAGUCGCGCGAGCAAUCGACUCCCCUGGAGAGUACAGAAACAGCCGAACAUCUUGUUUUUGUGAGCCGGCCUCGGUGAUGGAGUACUUGCUCCAGGUGAAGGUUGCGGCUCUGUUCGGUCUGCUGCUGUUGACGCUUCUGUUUGGAUUUAUUCCUGCGCGAGUCAAAUGGUUUCGCGACACGAACGGCACAGAAACCCAUCGCACAGUUCUCAGUCUCAUCAGCUGUUUUGCCGGUGGCGUUUUCCUGGCGGCGUGUCUGUUGGACAUCAUUCCAGAUUACCUUUCCGAUAUCAGCGAGGAGCUGGUGGAGCAGAAUGUGCAGACCAAUUUCCCUCUGCCUGAAUUCAUCAUGGCGGCUGGCUUCUUCAUGGUUCUCGUCUUGGAGAAGUUUGUCCUGAACUGCCAUAAUGUGACCAGACACGCAGAUGAGAGUGCGCCGCUUCUGCAUGAGCAGGCAAACGCUCACCCAAACUCAAAUUUGGAUCCGGAGAGCAGCGGCCACCACGUUCACGUCGAUUUUCAGGCCCACUCGCCUUUCCGGUCCUUCAUGCUCUUCCUCUCUCUGUCGCUGCACUCGGUCUUUGAGGGGCUCGCCAUCGGCCUGCAAAGCUCUGACUCAAAGGUUGUCGAGAUCUGCAUCGCCAUCUUGGUCCACAAGAGCAUCAUUGUCUUCAGUCUGUCCGUCAAGCUGGUCCAGAGCGCCGUCCGUCCGCUGUGGGUGGCUCUUUACAUCUGUGUUUUUGCGGUGAUGUCUCCGUUAGGCAUCGCCAUCGGAAUCGGUGUGAUUGAGGCUCAGCUGAAGGCGGGGGCUGUGAUCCAGGACGUCCUGGAAGGGCUGGCGGCAGGGACCUUUGUUUACAUCACCUUCCUGGAGAUCCUGCCGCACGAGCUCAACUCUCCAGGGAAGCCGCUGCUCAAGGUGCUCUUCAUCCUGCUGGGCUUCAGCGUCAUGGCCGCUCUUACUUUUCUGGGCUGAUUUUACUGUAUUUUACCACCGUUUCACAUUUUAUAUUUGAGGGGCGAUCAAUGUACCACUGCUUAUUUAAUUCAAGACAAGUAGCUUUUUUAAAGUUUUGGGAUGUUGCAGUGGUAUUUUAUAUCGAAAGAUCUCAGUGGAGUUGUUUAUCACUGGCAUUGUUUGUAAGCCCUGACCUUUGGCACUGUUGAUGAAACUACAGAAAACCACACUCCUUUACUGUGAUGUAUUGUACAAAUAAUAAUAUGUAUGUUAGUUUUUAGUUGUUUUUUUUUUUUAUUGUGGCUGCUUAUAUCUGUGGCUGAAACUAUCGAUGGUGUAGCUCUGCAUACUACAGAGAGGCGUGUGCAUUUCAUGUAAGGAAAAGAUGUAUGAUGAUGUCUACUGUAGCAAAACUCAACUGUCACUUGGAUGACCCCUUGUUUACUGUUCAACACACAUCCAAAUGCUUGAACAAAAAAGUUUUUUAGUUUCUUUUAAACUCUGCGUGCACUUUACAUUUCUCUUCUCACUUUACAUAAGGAAGCACAUUUAAAUAGACAUUCAUGCUGAUAGCAGUUUGAACACCGGCGUCUGACCUUCUGAAACUGUCACAUGACUGAUGAAGUGCCUUGCGACUGUUGCAGUGGUACCAACUGUAUCGCCUACUGUGUAAAUAUGAAAGUAAAACCAAACAUGUUCUGCUCUGUUUGAU